AUGGUUUCUCAACCGACUAAUGCUGAGGCCAGUACCUUUUACACAGCUAAUUCUGAAACUGGUAUCUCAUAUGCGGUUAAUGCAGAAGCCACCAGUACCUCUGUUGCAGUAAAUUCCGAAUUCAGUACCUCCUACGUGGUUAAUGUUCAACCUAAUAGCUCAUAUACGAUUGACACUGAGACUAACGCCAUCUGCGAAAAUGCGGUUUAUGAUGAAGCAACUACUGAGGAUGUUAACAGUAUAGGUAUUGAAUACUUAACCCCACAAAUUCUUUCUAUUGAGCGUACUGAAAUGGCACAGUGUUUAUACUUUGAUGCAGCAUUAGUCGACUUAACAGUAAUUGGAUUGGAUGAUGAGAAUGAGGAUAUAGAUGAUCGAUUUACAGAAGAUAUUUAUGAUGCGAAGCAGAUUUUACUUAAUAAGAAAAAAGAAAUUGAUCAGGAAAAUGUGAUUUUCACAAAUUCAGAUGCUAGUAAAGCUCAACAAGGUCAAAAAGCACCUUUGAUUCCUCAACCUUUUACAGUUCCCCCCAGACGUUCUAAAUUUGGUGAAAUUUUGGGUCUUGCACGGCAAGCUGUGCAAUUGGCUGUAGAAUGUGAUGAUAAUGAUAUGGAACUAUGGUUGAAACGCUUUAUUAAUCAAAAGAAGCAUCUUUUAAUACAAAAUGAAGAGUCUAAAGACAGUGAUGACAGCGAAGAAAGUGAAAAGGAAAAUAAUUCCACAAUCAAAAAUCCAGCAAUUACCAAGCAUAGGGGCAGGCCUGCGACUAAAAGAUUCAAGGCUGCCACAGAAAAACCUCGUCGUCAGCCAUAUACAUGUCAAAGCUGUGGUAAGACUGGGCACAAUAGUGCAAGAUGUCAAAUGAAAGGUGGUUAA